CCAACGUGUACUAGUACUGCCGUCAAUACUCAGUCUGCUGGUGUUGACGGACAAACCUUCUGCUCUUGCUCAGAAACCACCGAAACGUCAACGUGAAAACGUGCUAAUAUAGUUUUAUUUUUACGUAUUAGUUUAAGCUUAUUCGUUUACUGUUAUCAAAAUAAUUAUUAUCGGCAAUCGUCACUAAAAAAUAAAUGUUUUUGUGAAAUGACCCUAUUUUAUGAUGUGAAUUUCACAAGAAAUUAAAAAGACAAUAGAACAAGAAUCAUUCAGUUACGCUUGUCAGCGAAAAAGAAAAAAAUGCUGACGGAUGUCAAGAUCUCGAGUCACAAAGAGUUACAGCACGUUUAUUACUGAUGAUAUUUAACACCUAUGGUAAUAGAGCUUUAAACUCACGAGAGUUUAAAAAAAAAAACCAAUUUAAAAGUCCACGAAAUGAAGAACUAAGCAUAAAAAAAUAGUAACAUGAGGGAAGCGAAAUUUUUACGUGCGAUCGAGUGCCUUAAAAAAAAACCUGGAAUAGUUAUUUUAUUACUUCCGUGUCUACUUAUCGUAACACUUUAUUACAUUUCUGGUAAAUAUUCACCUCUUGAAAAUUACUUUCCUGAAAAGUUCUACAAUCCCGAGUAUGAAAUAGUGGAUGGUUAUCUGGUAUGGAAUCCCAAGUGCCAUAUGCUGUCGGAGAACCCGAUGGACGGCAGUAUAUCAAAAUAUGUAAAAAAGAAAAAAUUUGAACCAUGCUCGUCAAAGCCGUUGCUUAGUUCGAUUGUCAAAGAAGCUGACGGCAACUUUACUCUGGUGAUUGACUCAAAAGUCGCCAGUAGUUACAAGAAAUUUAUUUGUUGUUGGUCGGCGAUUAUCAGAACUGAGCCUACUAAGCCUCUUACCGGGCUCUGGGAUUCUCAAGUCAAUAAAUCGCAUUGCGCUGAUUUUGAUGACAGAGUUCAAUUACCAUAUGACAUUGAAACAGUAAUGGUGUCAUGUAGAUCAAAAGAUAAGCCAAAGAACAAAAAAUCAAACAUACUUUACGAAAAUAUUCAUGCGAUAGUGAACCCUGCAAAGUUGGUGAAUCGUACGGAUUUUUUCGAACAAAACAACAAUAAUAAUAAAAUAAGCGUUCUAGUAUUAGGUAUUGAUAGUGUAUCGAGACUUAAUUUCUUAAGAAGUCUUCCUCAAACGAGCAAAUACCUCCGUGAAACGGGAUGGACCCACCUCACAGGCUACAACAAAAUGGGAGACAACACGUUUCCAAAUUUGAUGGCACUGCUCACCGGAAAGAACAGCUCCUCUGCGUACGCGGAUUGCCGUCCUCGAGAAGCGUACGGUUUGGACAACUGCCCGUUUCUGUGGUACGCCUUUCAACGCGCCGGGUACGUGACAGCCUACGGAGAAGACGAUAGCACCCUCAGUACUUUCAAUUAUUUAAAGACGGGAUUUGUCGAUCCGCCAACAGACUACUACCUUCGGCCUUAUGUGGUGGCUGCAGAAAAAUUUUUGAAAGCCAAACACAAAUUUGGUUCCGAGUACUGCACGGGACCAGAAUUGGCUGUUGAUAGAAUUUUCAAUUACGCGUUAGAUUUCGCAGUGACAUUUUUGGACAGGCCAUACUUUGGCUUCUUUUGGACCAAUUCAGUGACUCACAAUGACAUGAACGGAGCCUCGUCGCUAGACUCUCAUCUGCUGGACCAGUUAGAGUAUCUAGAGCGACACGGUGUCUUCAACAACACUCUGGUGAUUUUUCUCAGCGAUCACGGAAUGCGUUGGGGCGAAAUCAGAAACACUUUUGUUGGUUGGUACGAAGAAAGGCUCCCUUUUAUGUACCUCCGAGCUCCAGAUUCAUUGAAGAACUCGACAAAUUUUGAAAACUUGGACAUUAUUCAGGCGCUGAAGAUAAACGAGCACCGGUUAACUUCGCCCUUCGAUUUGCACGAGACCCUGAGGGACAUUUUGGCUCGUGCUGGAGGAAAAUCUAAUUCAAGUUCUGGGUGUCCCACAUGCCAAACCCUCUUCAAACCUAUACCGUAUGAACGUGGAUGCGAAGAUGCCGGAGUAUCGCCUCACUGGUGUACUUGUACAUCCUUCAAUCCUCAGCCUCCAGACAGUAGAAUCGCCCAGCAAGGCGCAAAAACUUUUCUUUCGUAUAUCGAAAGCGUGAUUAAGGAUUACAAGAAUGAAAAAGGAAAGCGCAUGUGUGCUAAAUUAAAGGUCAAAAAAAUUCAUAGGGUCAACCAGAUUGUUAAUUUUAACAAUACGAACAGCACACUAGAGACUGAUGACACGGAAAAAUAUUUUUAUUUGAUUGAACUGAGCCCAGGAGGCGGGAUGUUUGAAACAACGGUAUUAUUUAACAAAAAUGGUGAUUCUAAAAUGACUGAAGAAGAAGUCAGUCGUAUUAACUCGUAUGCCAAGGAUUCUAAGUGCUUAGAAAAUGGCUACAAAAAAUAUUGUUACUGUAUUAAUUAGUUAUUAUUAAAUUAGUUAUUAAUGUAAAACAAUUAAUUGUAUCUAAAAACAAUAACAGUUGUGUAUAUUUGUAAGAAUACUUUAUACAAGAUUCUCAGUGCCGAUAAACUAUAGGAAAAAAAAUUAUAUAAAUAUACAUCCAUAUUAUAUAUAUAUAAAU